CUGCUGGUGGAUAGUGGACCUACAGUGGAACAGACGUGAGCGCUCCACUGUGGUCCGAGCUGAAGGAGUGGAAGCGUGCAAAAAGUAUCAUGGCUGGAAGGUUCUGUGGAGUCCUUGCCGUUCUUGCAGUGUUUCUUAGUGGACUGAAUGCAUCAAGGCCAGAAGUAAACCAGGAACUAUCCAAUAUUUUCAAUGAGCUGUGGAGGUUGGAUGUGAAUCGCAUGACACCUGGGCUAGACUACACAAUCUCUGUUCAGGGUAGAGCCAGCUAUGUAAACCAGGGCAGCCAUGUUGUCCAGGAUCACGCCGCACAACCUCUGUUCUCCAACGUUAAUGAGAACAAACUGAUGAACACAACCACCAUCCCACGAUUCACAAAACUGCUGGACAACUAUGAGCGGUCCACAGGUGUGACCGAACAAGUCACAGCAGAGGAGCUGACAGAGACUGAUCUCUUCCUGGAUGCCGUUUUAGAGACAGAAGUCAUGAAGCGGGCUCACAAGUACCUGGUGAGCAAAGGACAGUCGAGCUCCAACCUGAGGCAGUUUAAGAAUCAACUGCGCUUGAUCUGGUUUAAUCUCUACCACAGACAGAGAAACACAGGCCUGGACUCCUCUGGAUUCGAACAUGUCUUUGUUGGAGAGACAAAAUCUGGAACAGAAAUCAUUGGUUUUCACAACUGGAUCCAGUUCUACCUGCAAGAAAAAAGCAACCACUUGGACUACAAAGGAUACAAGGCCAGGCAACAAGACUUUCCUGAUCAGGACGACCACGUUCUGAACCUCCAGUUCAGCUGGCACGGCGUGGUGAAGCCCGUCGGCAGCGCCUUCAUCGGGACCAGCCCUGAGUUCGAGAUGGCGCUCUUCACCAUCGUCUUCCUCAUGAACACGGAGAGAAGCACCACAGUGCUGGUCAACAUUGACCAGUGUCAGAUGGAGCUGGUGGUCAUCCGGCACGGGCGCUCCCUCGGGACGGCGUACCCCAAACUGCUCAGCAGCAACAACAGACAUGUUAGGCAGCACUCACACUGAUGUGGAGGAUCUUCAGAUGCUAAGUGAUACUCACAUCCUUAUAAUGUUCAUGCCCACGAAUCAGAGGCACAAAUGUACUGUGGUAUAGUAUAGUGCACCACAUAGAUUUUUUUUUUUUUAAUUACACGUCUGUAAUUUUAAUCAGUACCAUUGAAAAGUCGAUUGAUUUGUCAUUAAAAGCUAAAUAAAAGUAAAUGGAGCUUUUUAAAGUCAAAUAUUUCAUGUGUUUAUGUCAGGGACUUUCAUUUAACCUUUUUAAUACAUUGAAAUCACUUAUUUGCUGUGAUGUAAUGAAUAAAGUUGUGCAAAUGUGGAAAAAA